AUGCCCAUCAGGCUAGAGCGGCUAUUUCUCGACAAGCCAGACAUGAAAGCGACAUACCUGACUAUAGCACCGUUCGGCUUCAAGAGCAGCUCGAGUAAAACACAUCCCCAUUAUCUCACAAUGCGUCUCAACGAAGAAGGCCAAGAUGAGGAUUGGGCCGAGAAGCUCCUCGGACUGCCCCAUCACUUCUUCGGUGCCUACGUCAACGGCGAAACGGAGGAUCUUACGUGCGCCCAUAUCAAGCCUAUACAAGCAAGCGAAAUUGAGGCUGGAUUUCGCUUCGAAGUCCAUGGUAACGUCGUGACAUCUGAAAGGGGUCGUAUUGAGCUAGAUAAGGGUAUUCCGUUUUAUCGAUUCGUGCCCUGA